AUGCUGAAUGUGCUGCUGCUGCUGGGGGGCCUGGCCCCUGCCCUGCCCGCCGGUCCCCACUGGGAAUACGAGGGCCCCCACGGGCAGCAGCACUGGCCCGAGGGGCACCCGGCGUGCGGGGGCCGGGCACAGUCGCCCAUCGACAUCGCCACGGGACGGGCACGGCUGGACCCGGCGCUGCCGCCGCUGCAGCCCCAGGGCUACGACCACCCCGAGACCCCCCGGUUCACCCUCGCCAACAACGGCCACACCGCCGUGCUGGCCCUGCCGCCCUCCCUGCGGAUCCAGGGGCUCCCCGGGGCCUUUGCUGCUGCCCAGCUCCACUUCCACUGGGGCCGGCCCGGCCACGCCGCCGGCGCUGAGCACCUGCUGGACGGGCACCGGGCACCUGCCGAGAUGCACGUGGUGCACUUCGACGCGGAGCGUUUCUCCGAUGCGGGCGAGGCUCAGCACCACGCGGGCGGGCUGGCCGUGCUCGGCAUCCUGCUGGAGGUGGGUGCCGAUCCCCACCCCGCCUACGACAACAUCCUGAGGCACCUCGGGAGCAUCCGCUACGCAGGGCAGUCGACGUCCAUCCCCUCCUUCAGCGUCCAGGACCUGCUGCCCCCGCGCCUCGACCGCUACUACCGGUACAACGGGUCCCUGACCACCCCCCCCUGCUUCCAGAGCGUCCUCUGGACCCUCUUCCCGGAGCCUGUCCACAUCAGCCGGGACCAGCUGGAGCAGCUCCAGGGAAGCCUUUACUCCACGGAAGAGGCCGAGGUGGAGCCGCAGCUCCUGGUGGACAAUUUCCGGGCCCCGCAGGAGCUGAACCAGCGGCCGGUGCUCAUGUCCUUCCCCAGGGAGCACGAGGGAUAUUCCACAGGUGAAGUCAUCGCCAUCAUCUUCGGCGCCGUCGCCGGCUGCGUCGGCCUCUUCCUCGCCGUGCACUUCGGGGCCAAGCGGAUGCGCUCGAGGCGGGCUCAGGCACAGGACGUGGUGUUCAAGGCCUCCUCCCGCCGCUCCCCCGGGGACAGCGGCAUCUCCCGCUGACCCUCACAUGAGGAUCCCCCUGAGAGACCCCUGCUGCCCUCCAGCCCCCCCCAAGGACCCAGUGGGGGCUCAAAUAAAGCCCCUUUUA